AUGGCGUCGCUGAGCCCCGGCGUCCUCCUCAGGCUCCUCCAAGACGACAAAUCAUCCUCCAACCCCCCACGCCGCCCGCUCCACGCCACCCCGGCCGUCCUCCAGAUCACCGGCAUCGUCCCCGCCGUCGCCGGCCCAGACCUCUGCCCCGACAAAGGCUUCUACAUCAAGGUCUCCGACUCCUCCCACUCCAUCUACGUCUCCCUCCCUGCUGACCUCAACGACCUCAUCCUCGCCGACCGCCUCCAGCUCGGCCAACUCAUCCAGGUGCGCCGCCUCGAGCCCGCCUCCCCUGUUCCCGUGCUCCGUGACUUCCGCCUCCUCGCCGGCCGCCACCCCUGCCUCCACGACACCGUCGACCUCAUAUACGCCGCCCCGGCUGCUUCUUCGAGCGCCACCCCUCCUCUGCCCCCACCCGAGAAGAAGAAGCGGCAGCUGCAUUCGAGGUCCCACUCGAGCGUGGGGGACCGGAUCAGCGAGGUCGGCAUGAGCUCCCCGUCCUUCGCCCCUUCGCCCACGAACCGAGCGGCGAAGAGACGAGAGAGGAGGAGCUCGGACGCCCUGCACGAGCUGCAGAAGUUUACCGUUCCGUGCAUGGAUGAAGAUACCUACGACUCCGACGACUCGAGAUUCUCCUGCACUUCGUCUCCCGCGUCGUCGAGAUUCUCUUACGCCUCGUCUUCCUUCUCGUCGCCGUCUCCCUGCACGACGAAGGCGAGGAAAAGCUGGCACGCCUCAGGGAGGAUCACCGAGCGGAGAAGAGAGGCGAAACCCACAGUUCAGAGUCGAAGCGCAAGUGUUUCUCCGAGUAGGUUAGCUCACCAUGCAAGGUUGAUGCCGAAAGAUGAUGCACCAGCAGCUUUCCAAAGAAACACCGAGAAGGCUCUCAAAGUGCUUGGUAAUUCCGGUAAGUGGAAGCUCCCUGGUUCAGAUAAAGCAAGCACAGAAAUCUCUUCCACGACGACGACCUCCUUCUGCUCAUCGGAUGGCGGCGUCCUCUGGGCUUCGCUGCCUCCAAACUUGAUGAGGCAUGGGAAGGAGGUCGUAAGGCAGCGAGAUUCAUCACUGCAAGCUGCCAUCGACGCGUUGCUGGAGGCAUCUGCCGCAGAUAAACUGAUCGAGUGCUUGAGCACGUACUCAGAGCUGCAGUCCGACAAGGAUGGCGAUCCACAGCUCAUGGUCAACAGGUUCUUGAACUUUCACCAUACGCUGGGGCAGACCAGAUUAAUCGCUCAGUCAUUAGAAAGAUCGACCCAGCCGAGUUCAUGCAACUACAACCCUGCUUCGGCCAGAUCAGUGGGCAAGGUUGCAGCAGAGAGAAAAAGCUGCGCCACCUCGUGGGUCAAAGCAGCUCUGGAGUCGGAUCUUGUACGAUUCCCCACGCAGGUAAAGGCUCUUCCUGAGACUUCGGAAGCACCACCAAGUCAUGGAGGAAGAACAAAGAAUAGUUUGGCCAAGGGGAGCAGCCUGCUGCUGGCGUCGAACACAUUGCAGCACGAGUACAACAGAUGGUUUCUGAGAUACAUCGACAAGUUUCUGGAUUCAAUCCAGAGCAAAACCGGAUACGAUGGAUGCGAGCUGGAAGUGGCAGGUUUGCUGUGCCAGUUAAAGCGAGUCGAUGGCUGGUUAAACAGCAUCACCAGCAAGGAGAUCAGCUCCUGGCCGAGGGACAGACUCAGAGAUGGCGUGCUGUCGGAGGAGGACGAAGCUGAAGCAUGCGAGAGAGUGCGAAGGAAGAUAUACAACGUGCUUCUGCGGCAUGUGGAGAGUGCUGCCAUUGCUCUGGAAAGCAUGAGCACACCUGAUGAGGAGCAAGACAGGGAGCUGAUGCUAAGUUCGUAGCAGAACCAGCAUGAGCAAGACAGGAAGAU